UCUGGGUGGUUAAGCCCUUCAAUUUCAUUAUUUAACAAGACAAUACAUUGACAAUUCAUUAAGCAUAUAUUUCCCCAAUUAGUUUUAAAGUAUCUAAAAAGUUGGACCUUUAUAGUCUUUUUUUUUUUUUUUUUAAAUCUCAAUGAGUGUACUUUAUUUAUUUCUUGUAAUUAGCUAGAUCGACAUCCUUAAAAUUGAUUCCCGUCCACUUAAAAUAAUCACGGACGAAAUGCAUGAUUACAAAAUAAUGUGAUAUGUAUGUCGUGGCUAAACCUAAGCAAUAGCUCCCACAAAAUGGAUUAGAAUUCAUUAGGUUUAAACAAUUACAUUAAUGUAAGAGAGGAAGGUAACCAAUAAUCCAUACGUGUUACAAAUAUAAUAUUCAUCUUGCCACUGUUGCACCACUCGUGUUCCUCCUCCCUUCAAUAUAAAUCUCCCUUUCUAAAAUGUUCCUUUUAGAUUAUCUUUUUGAAAAAGUCGUACGCAAAUCUCCCAUAGAAGAUCUUUAUCUAAAUUUUAUAAUGGCGCUUUGCUGUAAUGCUGUUAAAAUUGACAAACUGUGGCUCUUCCAACCAAGAACAACAUCAACAAGCCACGUAUCGGCUGAGACAUCUUCUUCAUCACUCAGAAGCAAUAAGGUAAUGCAAAGUGGCAACCUAAGGAAGACAACACAUUAAAGAAAUCACUAAUGAUUGAAUUUUUGUUUUCAUGAGGCACAACAAUCUACCCGAACUCUUAGGAAAUGCCCAUUCUCUCGUCACAUGGCAAUCUAAAAAAGAAGAGUACCUGCUUCUUGUCGCUUUCUAUACAACUUCGGUAUAAAUAGGAUGAGUUUUGAAGGUAUUGGUUCAUCCCCAAGUUUUGAGUCCCAAGUAAAAGGAAAGAAACAUAGAGAAAAAAGAUGGCAACUUUCUCUGCAAAAUCAAACAAGAGAUCCAUCAGUUUGCCAAGUAGAUCACAUCCAGCUACUGAGAGAAUUGAAGAGGAGCUCAACAAACUCAAGACUUGGGAAUUCUCAGCUUCACCAACUGCAGAAGCUGUGUACAACGGUCUACUUGGUUUAUGUGAGUUGCAUAAGUGUAUGGGUGAUCUUCUUAACUUGCCCCUUACCCUUCAAGCACUUUCCCAAUGCCAAAAUAAGAAAUGGGUGGAUGAAAUCUUGGAUAAAUCUGUGAGAUUUCUUGAUAUUUGUGGCACAACAAGAGAUAUAGUGUCACAAUUUAAAGAAAAUGUUAAAGAUGUUCAGUCUUCACUGAGGAGGAGAAAGGGAGAUUUGAGCAUUGAAGCCAGCAGCACUAAUUACACCUCGCUUAGGAAAAAGAUGAAGAAAGAUGCCAAAAGCUUGAUUACAGCUUUGAAGAGAAUGGAUCACGAGGAAGUGGUUGCAGUAAUGGAAGUUGAUCAACUUGUCUCAGCUGUUAUCAGGAUGCUAAGAGAAGUUACCACAAUGGGGAUUUCAGUUUUCCAAAUGGUGUUAGUUUUCUUGUCAGCCCCAAUUUCUAAGCCCAUUAGCAAAUGGUCUUUGGUUUCAAGAUUGGUGAACAAGGGAUCAGAAAACAAUGUGAAUGAGAUAGACAGUAUUGAUGUUGCAUUAACAAGCCUUUCUAAGUGUGGCUCAAGUGAAAUGGAGAAGAUCCAAUUUGUGCAGAGCAAAUUGGAAACUCUAGAGGCUCAUUUUGAAUGCAUUGAAAAUGGUCUUGACAACACCUUUAGAUGCUUGAUUAGAUCAAGGAGCAAACUCUUAAAUGUUGUCUCUGGCCAAUGAUCAGAAUAGCAAUAUUCUUGUCUUGUAUUGCAUAAGCAUCCAAAUAUUUGUAGGAUAUGCUUAUGAAAUCCAUGUAAAAGAUCAAUUUUGUAAUUACAUACAUACAGAGAAAUGUAUAUAUAUAUACUUAUAUCAAAGUUAUUAUA